AUGGAGGAUAGACUGCGGGCACAGUUCACUCAGAGUGUCUGCUUUGACGACUUCAAUAAUACCAAAACCAAAAGACAUGUCCUUCGCGGCACAGAGCUGAAAUACACGAAGACAUUGAAGGUCUUUGAUCUAUUCCACAAGAUGCACCCUGGGGCACCUUCACCUCCAGAUGUGCAGACUUUCAAAGCAUUCAUGAAAUUUGUUGCUACAAAUACCACCACAUUUCAGCAGAAUCAGAAUUACAAGUUCCCCCAGAGUGUAUCUCGCACUAUAAAAGAGUUCAUUCAUAAAGGGCUGGGCUUAAAGGAGGGAGAGAUGGAGAGAGCAAACACAUCACCUAAUAACAUUGUGACCCUUCUUCUGCAACUAUGGUGCAAGGACUUCAAGAAAUACAGAGGCACAACCAGAGACUGGAGCAGAGUCCAAAUGGCUGCUGCAAUUCUUAUUAAUGUUGAUGAUGAGGAACAGGCUGCACAAGUCCUUGCAGCAUGUUAUAAGCAUUUCAUUCUGACUGUGGAAAGAGUUGAUGGGAAGGCAAUGCUGGUUCUCAUGUACCAAAGAGAAUUUGUGAAAAACUACUGGCAGAAAAAGUCAUGGGAGCUCUCAGUCCAUGCUUUUUACAAGAUCUACAUGGAAAGCACGGCUUUACUAUUCAAUCCCAUCCUCUACUUCUUAUCAAUGACACCUGGGGACAAUGCUUUUCGAGAUUUUGCAGCUGUUGAUGAGCUCAUGGAUGCUGUUGAACAGCUGGCUGCCAAGCCCAAACAAGAAGAUACUUUAUUCACCAUUCACUUCAAGGAGCAUAUCAAGGGAACACCAGUAUUUCGGCAAUAUGGAGACCUGACCCUUAGCAAAGUGCCAGCAAAGUCAAGGGGGGCUGAUGCAUUUGAUACUUGUUAUUCUGAGUCAGCAAAAAUGAAGCUUGCAUCUCAUACUGAUUGUGACUGGUUUCAGAAAUCCUACAUGCAUCUGCUCUGUGAAGUUGAUGGGCAAGCCACCUUCCUCAGCAUCAAACAACACUGUAACAAGCACAUUAAAACCUGGUGA